AUGGACGAUCAUCAGCCAUGUUCCCAAUCCGAGCGGACACAUAACCUCGCACGAUGCGGCUACCUGCAAAUCACCUUCAUCUGGCUCUUCAGUCUCUCCUAUCAGAUCGCGUGGACCAGGGUCGUGGCGGCGUAUGCGUUAGAGAUCAUGCCGCACAGUCUUAGAGUAAAGGCCGGAGUUAUGUCAAUGAUUGGUUUCAAGGGAUUGGUCUUCCUUGGAAGCUACACAAACCCCAUCGCACGGGAUAACUUCAUAGCAGCCGGUCACGACUGGGUACUAGCGAUUUUUUACACAACAAAGAAUCUCACCCUCGAGGAAGUCGCCAAGGUUUUCGACGGCGAUGAGGCAAAAGUUGCAAGAAUGGACAUAGAAGAUGUCAAGUAUCAAUUAGUGGAAGACGGGAAAAGUCAAAGCCAUGUCGAAGUCAUCGUCCUUUGA